AUGUCUGUCGGGUUCAUCGGAUUGGGUAACAUGGGCGCUUUCAUGGCCAAAAAUUUGGUCAAAAAUGGACGUCAACUCGUCGUCUAUGACGUCAACAAGUCCGUAGUUGAAAGCUUCAAGAAAUUGGGAGUAGCGGUAGCCAAAACUCCAUCAGAAGUUGGGGCAGAGAGCUCCACAAUAUUCACCAUGUUGCCCAAUAGUAGUCAUGUGGAAGAGGUCUAUUCCUCAAAAGACGGGUUGUUUCAGUAAGUGCUUUUAUGAUUUUUGUUGAGUGUUUAGGACGUUGAAGACGGAUUCAUUGUGUGUGGACUGCAGUACGAUCAAUCCGUUGGUUGCGAAAGAGUUGGCGCUGAAAGUGAGAGAAAAAAAGUCCGAAUUUCUAGAUGCUCCUGUGUCCGGUGGAGUUACAGGUGAGGGAAAUGGAUGUUACAAACAGAAUUUGGGCUUUUUACUGUCACUCUGUUCUAAAUUUGAACCAUGUUGAUCUUUAAAUUGGCAAGAUAUUAGCUAAUAUUAUCCAUGAUGACUAAUAUUUGGACUGGGACCAAAGUUUAGAAAUUCAGACCUUAAUUCAUUGAAAAGACGUCUAGAUUUGCCAAACAAGCCAUGUGUGUCCUAGUGGAUUUUAUUUGAAAGUCCCUGGAGCUAAUAUCCUAUGUAAUUUAUAUUAUCCUUCAGGUGCCGAAAACGCGACCUUAACUUUCAUGGUUGGUGGAACCGAAAAUGCAUAUCAGCGAGCUCUCCCCUUCUUCCAGCAAAUGGGUAAGAACUCGGUUCAUUGUGGUGAUGUUGGUACGGGUCAAUCAGUGAAAAUCUGCAACAAUAUGCUCUUGGGAAUUCAUAUGAUUGGAGUGGCUGAAACGAUGAAUCUCGGAGAAAAGUAAGUCCAUUUCCAUUGUAUUUUGAUCUUUAGACUCGGCUUGGAUCCCAAAGUUCUCUCAGCGAUUAUCAACACGAGCUCUGGCCGCUGCUGGAGCACGGAUAGUUAUAAUCCGGUCCCAGGCGUCAUGGAGAAUGUCCCGGCUGCACGCGGAUACGCCGGAGGCUUUGGAAACAAGUUGAUUACGAAAGAUCUGGGUCUGGCACAGAACGCGGCCACUGAAGUCGGUGUUCCAACCCCGCUGGGAUCGCUGGCCCAUCAAAUUUAUCGAGUUCUGGCCAAUUCGCCGGAAUUUGGAGACAAAGAUUUUGGAUCGGUCUAUAAAUUCCUGAAGAACCAGAAAUAA